UCCCCUCCUUCUCCAUGAUUUUUUCCCCUCCAUUCCAAAUAUUUUUAACCCUUUCUCCCCCUUUCCCAGCAGUUUUUAACCCCUUGCUUCCCAGAAUUUUUAACCCUUUGCUGCCUCCCUUUUCCCACAACUUCCCAAAACUUACCUGAGAUUUUUUCCCCCUUUUUCCAGGAUAUUUCCCUCCAGAUUUUUCCUUCCAUUCCCAGGAUUUUUCCCUCCAUUCCCAAUAUUUUUAACCCUUUCCCAGCACUUUUUAACCCUUCACUGUCUCCUCUUUCCCUGAAUUUUUAACCCUUUGCUGCCUCCCUUUUCCCACGACUUUCCCUUCUCCAUUUCUUGGGAUUUUUUUUCCCCAGAUUUUUCCCAGGAUUUCCCUUUUCUCUUUUCUUCAGAUUUUUCCCUCCAUUCCCAAUAUUUUUAAAACUUUCCCAGGAUUUUUCCCCUCCUUUCCCAGCACUUUUUAACCCUUCGCUGUCUCCCCUUUCCCUUAAUUUUUAACCCUUUGGUGCCUCCCACUUCCCAAAACUUACCUGACAUUCUUUUCCCCCUUUUCCUAUGAUUUUUCCCCUCCUUUUCCUAGAUUUUUUCCUCCACUCCCAAUAUUUUUAACCCUUUCUCAGGACUUUUUCUCUCCUUUCCCAGCAGUUUUUAACCCCUUGUUUCCCUGUAUUUUGAACCCUUUGCUGCCUCCCUUUUCCCACAACUUCCCAAAACUUACCUGAGAUUUUUUUUCCUCCUUUCCCCUGAUAUUUUCCUUGGAUUUUCCCCCCCCAUUCCCGAUUUUUUGAACCCUUUCCCAGAAUUCCUUUCCCAGCACUUUUUAACCCUUUGCUGUCUCUCCUUUCCCUGACUGUUUAACCCUUUGAUGCCUCCCACUUCCCAAAACUUAACCUGGAAUUUUUUUCCCCCUUUUCCCUGAUGUUUUCCCAGGGUUUCCCUCCCCGUUCCCGAUCCUUUUAACCCUUUGCUGCCCUUCCCUCAGGCCCUCACCAUGAGCGAGGACUCAUGCCGCACCCGGAGCCAGAAGCGCGCCCUGGAGCGGGAAUCGGAGCCGGAAAAUAAAAAACUCAGGAUGGACAAAGGAAUUUUGGGAUCUGACCUCAACUCUGAGGGGGACAUGAAAAUCAAAACUGAUCCAGGAACUGGGAAAAUCCCAGGAAUGUUGAAAAGUGGGGAGGUCAAAGCCACCAUCAAAGUGGAGCUGCCGGCUGGGGACGAGCCCGUGGACAUGAGCACGUCCAAAGGGGAUUCCCGGCGGGAUCGGGAUCGGGAUCGGGAUCGGGAGCGGGAGCGCCGCGUGCCCUCCCCGGACGUGAUCGUGCUGUCGGACAACGAGCCCUCGAGCCCCCGCAUGAACGGCUUGUCCCGGAUCCCCCUCCCGGAGCCCGGCUCCGAGGCGCUGCUGGUGAGCCCGGGGGACAGGAAAAGGGGGAUGGGCUGGGAAAAAAUCCUGGGGUUGGGGCAAGAAAACCCGGGAUUGGGGCAGAAAAUACACGGGAUUGUCCCGGAGCCCGGAUCAUGGGCUGGGAAAAAAUCCUGGGAUUGGGGCAGGGAAAAAACAGGAUUGCGUCAGAAAAUCUGGGAUUGGGUUAGGAAAAACUGGGAUUGUCUUGGAUCCCCCUCCCACAGACUGUAUGUGAGGCUCUCCUGGCGCGCCUCGGUGCCCUCGGUGCAGAUCCAGGGCCAGAGGAUCAUCCAGCAGGGCCUGAUCCGCGUGGCCAACGUGCCCAACGCCAGCCUGCUGGUCAACAUCCCCCAGGCGUCCCCCACGUCCCCGAAGGGCUCAGCAGUGCCCUCAGCCCAGGCUGGCAGUGCCCCCGCGGGUGCCACGUCCCUGGCCGGCUCUGGCGAGGCCCCUGGCAGCCGCCAGGCCGCUGCCAAGCUGGCGCUGCGCAAGCAGCUGGAGAAGACGCUGCUGGAGAUCCCCCCGCCCAAACCGCCCGCCCCGGAGAUGAACUUCCUGCCCAGCGCCGCCAACAACGAGUUCAUCUACCUGGUGGGGCUGGAGGAGGUGGUGCAGAACCUGCUGGAGAGCCAAGGUGGGGCCCUGCCCUUCGUCAGCCCCGCUCUGGCCGUGCACAAAUCUCAAUAA